GAAGCGAAGGCGCUCGGCGCUCCGCUCGCGUACUGGGCAGUAGGGGGCGUAGUCGAGAGCGAGCGAGGCGAACGCUUUCGGUUUCUCCUCCGCUCCGGUAGCCGCUGCCGCCGCCCGAGGCUGGCGGUCCUGUCGCCAUGAAGCUGCGCGUGCGGCUUCAGAAGCGGACCCAGCCGCUGGAGGUGCCGGAGCCGGAGCCGACGCUCGGCCAUCUGCGCGCGCACCUCCGCCAGAGUCUGCUGCCCACGUGGGGGUUCAGUUCUGAUACCCGAUUUGCAAUUACAUUGAACAACAAGGAUGCCCUCACCAGAGAUGAAGAAACCUUGGCUUCAUAUGGGAUUGUUUCUGGGGACUUGAUAUGUUUGGUUCUUGAAGAUGACUUGCCGGCACCUAACUUACCUUCAUCUACAGAUUCAGAACCUUCCUCACUCCAGAAUACUGACCAACCUUCUCAGGCUGCCAGCUCAUGUCAGGCUAGCAUCCCCGAUGAACGGCGGAGCGACUCUUCCCAUGCACAGGCCACCCAGUUUGAUGCCUGGAAUGAUGACAGUGUGGAAGGGCCUAGUCAAAAUGUUGAGGCUGUGUCAAUUGAGGAUGCCAUGGAUAUGGAAGAGGAUUCUGGUUUCCAUCCAUUGGAACCAAUGCUGUGCAGUGAAGUGGAGGAUGGCCAGGUGCCACAUUCACUGGAGACUCUGUACCAGUCAGCUGGCUGCUCCAGCAUCAGUGAUGCCUUGGUAGUGCUGGUUCAUCUCCUCAUGCUCGAGUCGGGCUACAUACCUCAGGGCACUGAAGCCAAAGCAGCAUCAAUGCCUGAGAAGUGGAAGUCAAGUGGUGUGUACAAGCUGCAGUACACACACCCUCUCUGUGAGGAGGGAGCUGCUGUGCUCACCUGUGUGCCUUUGGAAAGCCUCAUCAUUAUAAAUGCUACAGUAAAAAUCAGUGGUGGGAUUAAAAACGCGAAGUCAGUGCAGCUGCAGCCAAGAUCCUACGUGUGUGAAGUGGAACCAGGGGAAAGUGCAGCCAAAGUGUACAAAGAUCUUAAGAAGCUCUCUCGACUCUUCAAAGACCAGCUGGUAUACCCUCUUCUGGCCUUCACACGACAAGUACUGAACCUUCCAGAUGUAUUUGGACUGGUCGUCCUUCCGCUGGAGCUGAAACUCCGCAUCUUCCGACUCUUGGAUGUUCUGUCUGUCCUGGCUUUGUCUGCUGUCUGUCAUGACCUCCAGAUUGCAUCAAACGACCCUCUGCUGUGGCGGUGUUUGUAUCUGCGGGAUUUUCGAGGUGAUUUACGUAACGACGUGUUGAUGGGAGAAAGGCUCUUUAUCACCGCGGUUGCCAUGAUGGUACUGUCAGAGGUCCAGACACAGAUUGGAAAGAACUGUACAGAAAGAGGCACAUACAAAGAAAAGAGGCUCAGAGAAUGCGGCACGCAAUGUUCCUGCCAUCGUCCUCCCAUUCUGUCCCAUUCUGUCCCAUUCCUGUCUACCCCAGGGUCACUUUUCCCCCUUCACUGCUUCCUCCAGGAAUCAUUGGCGGUGAAUAUGACGCAAGACCGAUCCUGCCCAGUGUUGGGGACCCCGCCGGCUCACUCAUCCCAAGGCCAGGGGAGAUACCUAACCCAUUUCAGCCGCUCAGACCACGAUUUGAUCCUAUUGGCCCACUUCCAGGACCUGACCCCCUCUUCCCAGGAAGAGGUGGCCCCAACAACAGAUUUCCCUUCAGACCCAGCAGGGGUCGACCGGCUGACAGCAGGCAACCAUACCUGUGACCAAUUUGGAGGCUUUGUUUCCUUGGACGGUGACCUUGGCUGUCAGUUUCUGGUUGUGGCACCAAGGACAAGGUUACUCAGAGCCGGGGUGACUUUGGGAAGAUUGACUGCUGGUCCCUGCUCUGGAAUCACCUCUGGGUUGGAGCUUGUGGUACUGAUUAUAUUCUGUGCUAGAUUAAUAAAAGUAAAAAUUAUAUGGUGGUCUUGACUUUUGUUAAAGAUACAUAUAGUA